AAGUAAGUCAGCAAAGAAGAAACACCUGGAGGAAAAGAAGAAACUACAAACUUAUAGGGGCUCUGGAAAAUGCCUCUGAAGAAGAAAAACAGUUCUGUUAUUGAAAUUGAAAAUGUUGGGAUAGACGUAGAUGCAGACUUUGACACUGGCAGUGAAGAUGAGGCUAGGAGAAGAAGCAGAAACAGAAAAGCCAAAGUGCAGCGCAAAGCCAAACAAGUCAGUGAUGAUGAUGAUGAUGAUGAUGAAGACAAGGAUGAAGACAAAACACCGCCAAGGCGACGAGGGCAAAGGAAGAGGACAAAAUCCAGAGACAGUGAUGAAGAUGAUGAAGUAGAGAAAAAAAGCGUAACGAGCAAGGCAUCAAAAUCUUCCAGAAGAAAAGGUGCAAAACCUGUUCGCAAGGAGGAGAGUGAGGAGGAGGAAGAAAAAAAUGAAAAAGAGAGCAAGAAAAAAAGAGGGAAAGCUGUGUCUAAAAAGGAGAAAGAGGAACAGAAUAAAGAAAAGAAGGGAAAAUCCAGCAGUAAAGAUGGGGAUGAUAAGGACAAGAAGAAGAAUGCAAAGAAGAACAGUUCAUUUGAUGAUGAUGAUGAUAAUGAAGAUGAUGAUGAUGAUGAAGAGUUGCUGUCAGAGGGAGAGAUUGCCGCUCUGAAGGAGCAGGUGGAGGAGAAGAAGAAACUGAUCGCCACCAUAAGAAACAAACCCUGGCGCAUGAAGAAGAGACUCCUGGUGCUCAGGGAGGCCCAGGAGUUUGUUGAAAAGUUUGAAGGAGCUCUUGGAAAAGGCAAAGGCCGGAGGUUGUAUGCAUUUAAAGUCAUGAUGACUAAAAAACUCAUCAAGUUUAAUCGGGACUUUGAUAACUUCAAAACAGCUUGUAUACCCUGGGAGAGGAAGAUCAAGGAAGUAGAAAGUCACUUUGGAUCGUCUGUGGCAUCCUAUUUCCUUUUCCUGAGGUGGAUGUAUGGUCUGAACCUGAUCCUCUUUGCAUUCAUGUUUGGCCUUGUGGUUCUGCCAGAGGUUCUCAUGGGUCUUCCAUACGGCUCCAUUCCCAGGAAAACUGUCCCCAGAGAUGAACAGUCCACAGCCAUGGAUUACACAGUGCUCUCUGACUUUAGUGGUUACUUCAAGUAUUCGGUUUUGUUCUACGGCUUCUACAACAGCGAACGGCUCAUCGGGGUGCUGAAGUUCAGACUCCCCCUCUCAUACCUGCUCACCAGUGUUGGGAUAUUUGGAUACAGCUUGUUGGUGGUGGUCAGAACGAUGGCCCGUAAUGCGAAUGAGGGAGGAGACGGAGCAGAUGAGGGGGAUUUCAACUUCAGCUGGAAGAUGUUCACCAGCUGGGACUACCUGAUAGGGAACCCUGAGACAGCAGACAACAAAUAUGCCUCCAUCACCACCAGCUUCAAGGAAUCCAUUGUGGACGAACAAGAAAACCAGAAAGAUGAGAACAUCCAUCUCAGACGCUUCCUUAGGGUUUCUGCCAACGUUCUGAUUACCUGCUGCCUCGGUGGCAGUGGGUAUCUCAUCUACUAUGUGGUGAAACGUUCUCAGGACUUUGCAAAGAUGGAUCCAAAAAGUCUCACGUGGUUUGAAAACAAUGAGGUGGAGUUUGUCAUGUCUCUGCUAGGACUGGUGUGCCCUCCUCUGUUUGAGAGCAUCGCAGAACUGGAGGAUUAUCAUCCUCGUGUCGCCCUGAAGUGGCAGCUGGGACGAAUAUUUGCCCUCUUCCUUGGAAAUCUCUACACCUUUCUGUUCGCACUCUUCGGUGAAGUCACUGGAAAGCUGGAGUCAGAAAAAUUAAUCAAGAAUGAAACAGAAUGGGCUUUGAGUGAGUACUACGCCAACUACAGCUCCUUCUACAACACGACCGACGUGCCUCCUCUCAACGUGGACCCAGCUGAUGUGAUCAGAGGACCCUGCUGGGAGACUGCAGUUGGCAGAGACUUUGUGAAGCUAACUGUGUCAGAUGUCCAAGUGACAUAUUUGACUAUUCUGAUCGGUGACUUUGCCCGAGCUGUCAUCGUGCGCUUCCUCAAUUACUGCUGGUGCUGGGACUUGGAGGCUGGUUUUCCUUCCUACGGAGAGUUUGACAUCAGUGGAAAUGUGCUGGGCCUCAUCUUCAACCAAGGAAUGAUCUGGAUGGGAGCCUUUUAUGCUCCAGGUCUGGUGGGUAUAAACGUGCUGCGUCUCCUCAGCUCCAUGUACUUUCAGUGCUGGGCGGUGAUGGCCUGUAACGUCCCUCAUGAAAGAGUUUUCAAGGCCUCACGCUCCAAUAACUUCUACAUGGGCCUGUUGCUGCUCAUCCUGUUCCUGAGCGUGCUUCCUGUCAUCUACAGCAUGAUGACCCUGUCCCCAUCCUUUGACUGUGGACCCUUCAGUGGCCAGGACAAGAUGUACGACGUGGUCAUAGAGACCAUAGAUAAGGAUCUACCAGCUUUCAUGGGGACCAUUUUUUCAUAUGCAAGCAAUCCUGGUCUCAUCAUGCCUGCGAUCCUUCUCAUGAUGUUAGCCAUAUACUAUCUGAACACUGUGUCGAAGGGAUACCAACAAGCAAACACUGACCUUAAAAAGAAGAUGCAAAUGGCUCGAGAUGAUGAGAAAAACCGCAGGAACAAUCAGGACAGCACUAAUCAGGUGAUGAAAGACUUGGAGGAUCUGCUGCCAGACAAAUCUCUCAUACCACCUCCUGCUGAGGAGGAACCACCUCCUGAGGUCGUACCAGAGAAGAGCAGCAAGUCGACCAAAAUGAAGCCAGGUACGGCAGGGAAAGGUGUCAAUGUGCAAAAGGAGGUGUCACUGGCUGCCCCAAACCCCAGAAGGCCUGUGACCCGUGCCCCAGGGCCAAGAGGGGGUCCUCCCGAGCACGCCAGAGGCCCCCAUGCUGGGCCUGGAAGAGGAAGAGGACAGGGUGCAUCUCCAAGAAGAUAA